AUGUUCAAUGAUGAGGAGCCGCUCAGCUUCAAAAAGAUGCACGAUUUCUCCACGGCCGACGGCUUUCUGGAGAUAACUGAAGACCUGGCUGACAUGAUAAGGGGCUCAUGGUCCCCGGCCACCUGGGGGCAAAAUAGUCUUUUUAUGCAGACGGACGGCGAGAAGAGGGGAUCGGGCUACCUGUCAAGCAUUUUCAGGCCCACGAAGCAAAUGAUCCACAGUUUGGAGUCGAGUCAAGCGGAGAUCUCAGUGGACCUUGAUCCUUCAACAAGUAUUUUGAGGGGAAAAGAAAUGGAGGCGGAGGAUUUGCCCUCGUCGAGCGAGCUCCAAGAAGAAUCAGUGCCCGAUGAGGGUUCGGCCCAUCAACGGCUGCUUUCUCUAUAUGAGGAGAAUUACGAUGAGUUUAAAGCGGAUCGAGAGGCGAAGUUGGAGGAAUGGCUUGGAGGGAUGGGGUGA